AGUAGUGUCUGGUAAUCAUCAUCAUAUGUUCAUGCCAUCUACUUCCCUCCUUUCCACUCCACCACCUAACUCUUACCUUCAACUGACACAACACAACACAACACACACUGUUUCUCUCUCUCUCUAGACUCUCUCUCUCUCUCUCUAGAAUGGCCAUGGCUUCCUUCUCCAACAUCUCUGCACGCUCUUUCUCUCUCCCCAUCCAAAACCAUUACUCUUCUCUGCCACUACCAAGGUUCACCUUCACCAUCGUAUCUCGCCGUGGUCAUUCUUCUUCCAACCUCUUCACUUCCUCUACUCAUGUUUUCACACCAAUUCAUUUCCUCCGCUCUCCGUCAACCGCCAUUUUUGCAGCCGGGAGCGGCGGCGGAGAGGGAGGGGGAGGAGGCGGCGGUGGCGGAGGAGGAGGCGACGGUGGUGAAGCUGAGGACAGGGAUCGCAACAGAGAGGAGGCGCUGCUGGUCCUGGCGGAGACAGGCAGGACGCUGGAGAAUCUUCCGGCGGAUUUAGCGGCGGCGGUUAAGGCGGGGAGAGUGCCGGGUUCGAUAGUGCGGAGGUUCUUCGAGCUGGAAAAAUCGGCUGUGUUCCGGUGGUUGCUUAAUUUCGGAGGGUUUAAGGAGAGGUUGCUGGCGGAUGAUUUGUUCCUGGCAAAGGUUGCCAUAGAGUGCGGUGUUGGGGUCUUUACAAAGACUGCUGCGGAGUUGGAGAAGCGCAAAGAAAAUUUUACUAAGGAACUUGAUUUUGUUUGUGCUGAUGUGGUAAUGGCCAUUGUAGCAGAUUUUAUGCUUGUUUGGCUUCCUGCUCCUACAGUUUCUCUCCGACCUCCGCUUGCUGUUAGUGCUGGAACUAUUGCUAAAUUCUUCUAUGGCUGCCCUGAAAAUGCUUUUCAGGUGGCUUUGGCUGGAACCUCUUAUACACUUAUUCAAAGAAUAGGUGCUAUAGUGCGAAAUGGAGCAAAGCUCUUUGUGGUUGGGACUGGUGCAUCGCUGAUUGGUACAGGUGUAACAAAUGCAUUGAUCAAUGCACGAAAAGUUGUUGAUAAAACUUUUGCUGCUGAGGCUGAGGAUGUACCAGUAUUAUCAACUAGUGUUGCCUAUGGGGUUUACAUGGCAGUAUCAAGUAACUUAAGGUACCAAGUGCUUGCUGGAAUUAUUGAGCAACGGAUUCUAGAACCUUUGCUACACCAGCACAAGCUUAUGCUAAGUGCACUUUGCUUUAUUGUUAGAACUGGAAACACCUUCUUGGGCUCACUAUUGUGGGUGGAUUAUGCACGCUGGGUUGGAGUCCAGAAGAUACGUGAUUAGGCACAAUGAUUUUUCAAUUGUAAGAUAUUGUCAUGGGAUCAAUGGGGUCAAAUCUUGUCUGCGUAUUGUUGGUGAUUCAAUUUUUUUCCUUGUAUGUUGUAUUUUUUAUUCCACCUGGCAGCGUAAUUGUACAAUGAGAAAGAACAAAGGUCAGCAACCACCAUGAGUCUUCAAUUAUCACCAUAUAUAUACGGUGGCCAGUGACGGUAUAAGAUCUAUCUGUCAUAGCUAGCUGAAAGCUGCCAUCAUGUGAUAAAGUCGAGUCACAUUUUUGUUAGACAAGUGUGGCAGUGCCUCUUGAUUGUUCUUGUAUAUGUGUAUUGUCUUCUGAAAUUAAAUUGAAUAAAAAAUAAUUCUUAGU